AUGGCUCCUAAGAAGACUGAGACCAAGGCCGAGGGUGCCGCUGCUCCCAAGCCCAAGUCCUCCGGCUCGCAGCACACUUACCAGGACAUGAUCACUGAUGCCAUCAUUUCGCUGAAGGACCGUAACGGCUCUAGCCGCCAGUCCCUCAAGAAGUAUGUGCGCGCCAACAACACUAUCAACGUCACCGAGAAGAUGUUCGACUCCUUGUUCAACAAGGCCCUGAAGAACGGUGUCGACAAGGGUGUCUUUGAGCAGCCCAAGGGCCCCUCUGGCGGUACCAAGCUGGCCAAGAAGGCCGCCAAGCCCGCUGCGCCUAAGAAGGCUGCCCCUAAGAAGGACGCUGCCAAGAAGGAUACCAAGGAGAAGAAGCCUGCUGUCAAGAAGGCCGCUACCAAGAAGGAUGCUGCCGCCAAGAAGGAGCCCAAGGAGAAGAAGGUUGCCACCAAGAAGGCUGCCCCGAAGAAGGCUGCGCCGGCGAAGAAGGCCGCUGCUGCUCCUGCUGUCGUUGACAAGCCGACCGUUCUUACUAAGACUAAGUCUGGUCGUGUCGCGAAGACGGCCGCUAAGCCCGCUGCGACAAAGAAGGCUGCACCCAAGAAGGCCGCUGCGCCGAAGAAGGAGAAGACGCCAAAGAAGGCAGAAGCUGCGGCGUAA